AUGAAAUUAUUUUUAUUGUUAUUUCUCAGCAGUUUUAGUAUUGGAUCAGCAACAACGGAUAACUGGACGAAUCUCCACCGCCACCCCAAAAACAUCACCGGAGUUUCAACGAAAUGCCAAAAUGACACAGAAACUUGGCUGAAAUCCCUUGAAAUUCUCAAAAUCGUCUCUCUAGAAUGUCUAAUCUCCAAAAAAUGCUCCAAAACCGAGCUCAAACUUCUAGAAGAAAACUUCUACGCCCUGGAACAACUGGAUGCAUUUGGAAAGUUUCCAAGUACCGGUAUAUUCGAAAUUCCAUUACUUUUCGAUGGCUCUUAUCAAGAGUGCCAAAGAAUUUCCGGUAAAAAAUACGACACGAAUUACUGCUACGUGGUCUUGGUGCCUGGAAAGGACUCCAAAAAAUGCCACGUGGAUAAAAACGGAGAUUCAACGCCUACAACAAUAUUCUGGAGAAGUGCAGUAUGUAUGUCGAAUAAUUGUAACCAACAGGAAAUUUCCAAUAUUUUCAAUCAAAUUUCGGAUAUUCCAUUCACGGCUUGCGGUGCUCAUUGCUCAUCUUUCCCAGUUCAGAAAACUCCUUUUUUUUGGAUUUUCUCAAUUUUUCUAGCUGUUAUCAUUCUGAUUGCUUUGGUUGCUACUUUUGUGGAUUUCCUUCUGGAUUCAUUUGGAGAAACUAAAAAAGAGAGACAUUUGGCACUUCGGAUUUUUCUAACUUUUUCAUUUUGGACAAACGCUGAAAUUAUUUUAUCUGUUAAAGAACAAAAGCCGGGAUUCAUCAAAUGUUUGGAUUGCAUUCGAUUUUUGUCCAUGUUAUGGGUUGUGUCUGGCCACACAAUGGGUGGAAUUGGGUUUCCAGGUGAGUUGUAUGUCCUCCUACCCGUCACUUCUUUUAACAAACAUUUAUGGAAUCAUCUAAUCCUGAACGCCUUCUUCUCCGUCGACACCUUCUUCCUCCUUUCCGGUAUCGUCGUGGCUUAUUUAUUUUUCAAAAACCCCCUCAAAAAAGCUCAAAUCACUAGUCCAAUCACCUGGAUUCUAUUUUAUGUCCAUAGAUACCUCCGAUUGACUCCGCCCCUUAUGAUCUUCAUCGGAUUUUAUAUUGCUUAUAGCGAAUAUAUACAAGGACCAACAGCAGCCGCUGGAUUGAGUGAGUCAAUUUCAAAAUUCGAAUUUUCAAAGGUUCUGAAAAUUCCAGAUUCCAUAACCUACGCCGUCAACGGGUGCAAGAAAACCUGGUGGCGAAAUCUCCUCUACAUUAAUAAUUUUGGUGACAGUACCCAAGCAUGCUACGGCAUCACCUGGUACCUAGCAGUGGAUACCCAAUUAUACUUAAUUGCCCCAAUUAUCCUAAUUGCUCUCUGGUUCUCUUUCCUCUUUGGUUUUCUUACUGUAGUUGCUGGGUGUGCAGGUAGUAUAAUUACUGUAUAUAUUCUCUACGCUCAAUAUCAUUUACCAGCUGAUCAAUUUGGAAAAGGAAAUCUCCUGGAUUUCGGAAAAAUGAUUUACCAAAAACCUUGGAUCAGAUGUACCCCAUAUUUGGUUGGAUUAUUGGUUGGUUACGGAUUAACGAAUUUCGGAAAAAGGAGAAUCCGACUUAAUUGGUAUUUGGCGAUUAUUGGAUGGUUAAUUGCUUUGGGAAUUGCAAUCGCUUGUCUUUUUAGUACGAAUGAUUAUGAUAAGGGAGCUGUUUGGACAGACUUCGAAAAAGCCACCUACUACAAUUUUUCCCGUUUCCUAUGGUCAAUUGCUGUCUCCUGGGUCAUCGUUGCUAAUCAUAUGGGCUGGGGAGGACCAAUCAAUAAUUUCAUGUCCCAUCCGAUAUGGCAACCAUUGGGCAGGCUGUCCUACUGUGCCUACAUUGUCCAUUUCUUUUUAAUUCCAUUUUAUGAAAAUCUAGAUGUUUCUCCAAUGCAUUAUUACUCGACUUUUCAAAUUGUGAGUUUUGCCGCCAAAUUUGAAAAUUUUAAAUUUGAAAAAAAAAUCAAAUUUCAGUGGAUCUACUACGCGGUCCCGAUCACUAUAAUUGCCUAUAUUUUUGCAUUUUUCUGGAGUUGUCUUUUUGAAAUUUCGACUUUGAAAUUGGAAAAAAUGUUGAUAGAGGCGAUUCUGGGUGCUGGACAUCAGAGGGCUUCUGGAAAAAUUGAUGACGUGACAAAAGUGGAAAAAUUGGAAAAAGAAAAAGAAGAGAAAUCUGAAAAUGUCGAAACCAAACUUUAA